AUGUAAUUGACAAUGUAAGCGGUAAAAUUGACGACAUUACCAAUUCGGCUAAUAAAGUCGACAACGUUAGUUCAGUUGACAAUAGUACGAAAAUCGAUAAUAGUAACAAAGUUAAUAAUGGUAACAAUGUUGAUAGUAUUAAAAAAGUUGAGAAUGCCAAUAUACAUGAUGUCAAAAUUGAUAAAGUCGAUAAUGUAAAAUCUGUUAAUGUCGAUAGUGUUAAACCUGAUGAAGUUAAGAACGAUAAUUUGGUCAAAAUCGAUGAUAAAACCGACAAUGUCAAAGUCGAUGUUACUAAACCUGAUAAUUUCAAAACAAAUAUUGAUAAUAUUGUAGAUAAUGGUACUCGAAUUUCCAAUGAAAUGCCUAAUUUACCGGAUGUAAAGGAUGAUAUAGCCAGCCCAGUUAACCAUGAAACCAGCCAAAUUGAUAAAAUAUAUCUAUUAUAA